UCAUGGUUGCUCCCUCGGGAGGAUCGAGAUUGCAAGAGAACAGCAGGCAGGGCAGCGGCGGCCGCAGAUCACGAUGCUGCACGAGGGCGAGAGAAGCCUGCUAGUGGCAGAGCUGCUAAUGGUGCUCAGCAAAGGAGAUGGCAGCAGCGGUGUGGGAGAUGUCUUCUGUUUGUGCACCCGGGCAUUCGUCGAAGAUCGAAAUUUAUACAAACUAGGCUUAAAAGGCUUUUAUGUUAAAGAUGCUGAUGACAGCAUAGGAGAAGAGGAAAUUACUGAAGAUAACAAAAAAGAGGAGAAACCUAUCUUUGAGACUACUGAAAAAUUUAACAGUCUUGCUCUGGAAGUAGAUGAUGUCGAACCAGAUUCAGAAACUGAACUUAUGAAGAGUAUGGGGUUACCCGUACAGUUUGGCAGUUUGGCAGCCGAUAAAACAAAAGCGGCCUCUGAGAAGAUUGGCAAGAUAGUUAACAAAAUGACAAAGAAGAAGAAAAAGAAGAAAAAAAUGCUACAAGAAGAUAUCCAUGAAACCAUGUGGCAGUCCAUGGAAGAAGGUGAUGAUGACCAUUCUCUUUCUGAUGAUGAAAUCUUAGUGGAAAAGGAAGACAACUAUGCUGAAUUCUGUCAAAAUGGAAGCAUGCCACUGAAUGAACUGUAUAUAAAUGAGGAAUGGGAGCAAUACUGGCAUCAGUUUGGAGAAGAACUACUGUGGAAAAGCUGGGAAAAGAAACAGGAGGGGGCUAAUCCUGAACCUUGGAACAAUCCUGAAAUGAAAGAUAAGUGGGAGCAACACUAUAAUGAGCUCUACUGGUAUUACUGGGAACAGUUUCGCUACUGGGCAAGUCAAGGUUGGACUGUUGAUGCUACACAUGGUAGUGAACUAAAAGUGAAUACUGGAAAACUGAAUAGUAAGCAGUCAGAAAAAUCAUUAAACCCAGACAGCCAUGGAGAAGUGCAGAACUCAGCCUUUUAUACUCAUACUCCUUCCAUAGACAUUUGCAAAGAAAAUCCUCUUGUAUAUAAUGAUCCAAGUAAUGAUUAUAUUUUUUCUAAAAUCAGUGAAAUAAGUCUAAAUUCAGAAGAAGCAGAACACAGUAAAUUGCAAAGUGCAGCUGAUACUAAAGAACAUAAAGAACCAACUCUAGCAAGCAUUUCAAGGCAUAGUCCUUACAAUUGUGGCCAGACUGAGAAAUCAGAUAAGGAAACAAGAGAAGGAAGUGUGUCUUCUAAAAAUGGAUGCUCAGAUCAGCCAGGUUUACAGCAAGAACUUUUGGAUACCACAGCAAAGGGAACACCUGACAGUAAUGAUGGUGAUGAGGAGCCACCUGAGCAUAAACCUGUGAAACUAAAGAGAAGCCAUGAACUAGAUGUAGAAGAAAAUCCUCAGGAUGAUUCAGAUGGAAUUUUCUGCAAAUUGGGGCUCCAGCAUGGCACAGGACAAAAAUACAAAGGCAUUCCUAGCUUCAGUGAAAGAAAAGUGAUUCGUGUUAAUAAAAAUAUUAAAUUUAAAUCAGUGUUAUUGGACAUGCGCAGAACAAUCAAGACUAAAAACAAGCAUACAUAUUUUACAGAUGAACCUGAAACAUUUAUGUUGAAGAAAAGUAAGACCUUAAAUAAGGUACAGAAAUUCUUGCAAAAAGCAAAUGAAGAUGUGAAAAUUGGACCUGAAGGCAGAGUCUAUCUGAAGGUAGAAUCUUCUACCACCAGUGAUUCAGAUGAACAGGAAAAUGCUUCUCACUCACAGCAGAAUUUGAGUCUCCAAAAUUGUGACUUGCUAUAUCCUAGUUCAGAUACACACGAACUUGACAGUUUUGAAGUAAAAGACAAGGAAAAGCUGAUAGGCGAAGGAGAAGAAGCUCCAUUAGGAAGAGAACUCGUUCCCCUGGAUAUUCCAGACUACCUACAAAUGGACACAGAAGGUGAAGUAAAUACUAUGAAAAAGAAGACAAAUAAAAAGAUGCAUAAGUGGAAAAACAGAAACCUUAAGUGUCUUCCUCACGAAAUAGCCGAUGAUCCUGAGCUGGCUAAAUACUGGGCACAACGAUAUCGACUGUUUUCUCGUUUUGAUGAAGGCAUUCAGUUAGAUAGAGAGGGAUGGUUUUCCGUAACACCUGAGAAGAUUGCUCAACACAUCGCAGACCGUGUAAGGCUAUCCUUUGACUCUGACAUAAUAGUAGACGCCUUUUGUGGUGUUGGAGGAAAUGCUAUUCAGUUUGCCUUGGCAGCAAAAAGAGUAAUUGCAGUUGACAUUGACCCUGUGAAGAUCCAACUCGCUCACAAUAAUGCCAUGGUUUACGGAGUGGCAGACCAAAUAGAAUUCAUAUGUGGUGAUUUCAUGAAGCUGGCAUCCAGUCUGAAAGCAGAUGUUGUGUUUUUGAGUCCUCCCUGGGGUGGGCCUGAAUAUGCUGUUGCAGAAAUCUUUGAUAUUCAAACAAUGAUUUCUCCUGAUGGAUUUGAAAUUUUUAACCUGUCACAGAAGAUUACCAACAACAUUGUUUAUUUUCUUCCACGUAACGCGGACGUAGAUCAGGUGGCUUCCUUAGCUGGACCAGGAGGAAAAGUUGAAAUAGAACAAAAUUUUCUGAAUAACAGAUUGAAGACCAUAACUGCUUAUUUUGGAGAUUUAAUUAGACAAAAUGUAUCCUGACUUAUUUAUUAGUAAGCUGUUUAUUGGGGAUAAAAGAGAUAAUCAAAUUUUAAUUAUAAUUCCUUUUAUUUACUUUUGUUAAUUUCUUAUUGCAAAAUGUUCCAUGUUCUAUUAAACUUGAGAAAACAAUGGUUUAAAAUGUUUGUCACAAACACCAAUAAAAUAUUUUAUAAAAAGACUUAAAAUAUGUUGAUAGUAAAAAGAUGAGAAUUGACUGAAGCAAAAUUCCAUAUUUAGAAUCUUACAUUACUUAAGUUAAUCUGUUUGUUUCUAUCCUAAAAAACAUUUUAAAUUUGGCUAUGAAAUGGUUACAAAGAGAGAAACCUGCUUUUUCAGCAGAAUGGAAGGAAGUUAUUUAAGGAACAUUUCGUACUCCUUUGAAAUACUGCAUCAAUUGCUUUUCAUCAUCAUUGGCUGAGAUUAUGGAGCAAUUUUUAUCUAUGUUUUAUCUGUGAAUAAAAGUUGAUUGAGAUAAAAUAAUUUUACUAUAUACAUUUCACCAACUCCAAAAAGAUUAAUUAAAAAUUCAUUUACAAAUACAUUGCUAAUUCAGUUAGCAACUGUAAUUGAGAAGAGAAACUCCUUUGCUAAGUGAUAUGAUUGUAAAGCAAAAAUAUGCACAACUGCACAAACUUAAUAACAGAGUUCUGGUUGUGAUCAUUAAGUAAAUUAUACAACAUUGUAUGACUGACUCACAAUUUCCUAUUGUCUUCCUUUUUGACUUUUAUCAGAUGCCGGCACUGAUGGUCACAAAUGACAAUCACAAGUUCAUGGAUGCUGUGACUAUCAUAAUUAUGUGCUGGUUCUGAAGCAGUCAAGUUACUAUCUAUCACAUGUACACUGCAACAGCUGCAACUUUGAGGACCAAUCUCCUCAUUCAGCCCUAUCAUAACUGCAAAUGAUUGCUAAAUAAGUGGUCAUUGUACAAAGACUGCAGAGGUGGUAUUCAGCAGGUUCUGACCAGUUCUAGAGAACUGGUAGUGGAAAUUUUGAGUAGUCUGGAGGACCGGUAAAUAUCACCUCUGACUGGCUCCUCCCCAUCUAUUCUCUGUCUCUCGAGUUCCAGCUAUCCAGAGGGAAUGUGGUUUUGCAAUAACCUUCUCCUGGAGUGGGAUGGGAAUGGAGAUUUUACAGUAUCUUUCCCCUGCCAAGCCCACUAAGCUAUACCAUGCCCACCAAAUCACACCAACAGAACCGGUAGUAAAAAUUUUUUAAUCCUGCCACUAAAGGACUGCUUGUCAUUUUCACAGUAAACUAUGAAUGCUAACAUCAUUGUGGAUAACAGAAUAGAAGAAAUCAGUUUCUUUCAGGAUGGUCACAAGGUUUAGAAAAGUAUAUCUUUUCAAAGCAAAUACUAAAGGAGAAAUAUUUAAGCAAUAAGUACAGAGCAUCUAUGGUGGUUAUGGAAUAACUUGAAAAAAAAGUUGAAAAAUAAAUGGAAUAUAUAAAAAAAAGAAAAAAUCACUGCUUAAGGAAAAUUCUUGGCCAAAACAGGAAGGAAAGGAUAUUUUGAAACAGUUCUUAAGUGUAUGAAAUUGAUCCAAUUACAGACAGGUAUAUAGUUUUAUGGAUCUUAUUUCCUUUAAUAUAAAUCAAAUGAACAAAACUGCCCCCAGGGCUUAUUAGUAGCAUUAAUAUUAGGAAAGGAUGAACAACUGUGUGACAUAAUUUCACCAACUGUCAUAAGAACAAAGCAGUGUUAUGAUGGCUAAUUAUUUGUCCUUGUAGAGACACUUUAGUGGUGGCCUAAUGGUUGUCAUUCUAAAUUAGUAUUCCUUAAUUUUAUUAAAUGCUGGAUAUAAUUUACAACUGAAUGUGCUGUGCUUUUUUCUAAUGCUCUUUGAAUUAACUUCUGCCUUGAUGUAUGGGUUUCAUUAAACUCUUUGACUUAUUAUCAGCAGCAGGUAAAGGACCUGACAUAUUGCUGUCAGCUAAUGGUAUAAAUAUCACUAUUUUCAAAUAAAACAUGAUUCUGCCUCAA